AUGGCGGUGGGCGCCAACUGGCGAGUCUGCCAUACAAAGUGGGCCACCCAGAUUCGCCCCCUAACCGGGCAGGAAGGGGACUUGGGCGUUUUCACGGACCGGUCCACCACCUCGCCGGCGCCCCCCUCGCCAUCGCCCCGCGACCCCCGCGACCCCCGCGACCCCCGCGACCCCCGACGUCCCCCUGGGGUCCUCGUCGCCGGCCCCAGCGCCAACUGGCGAGUGUCCGGGGCGCCCUCCCACGGCCCCGGGCCAACCGCUGCCGACGGCGACAUCACCGCCGCGGCCCGGCUGUCUGGGAGCCGAUGGGGCCCGCGCCGGACCGGAGGGGUCCCCCGAUGGGUGAUGCAU